GGACGGAUUCGGAUCGGGAGCGAGAAGAUUUUCCUUUCCCACUGGGAAAAGCCGGUUGUAAACGGAGCGUGAAAUAACGAGUGUUUUUUAGACAUCAAAUCCUGUGAAGCUUAAAGCAACAGCGAGUGUAAACGUAAAACAAGUAAAAACAAAGUGAGUGAGUGAACGUGUUUCAGAAACAAUUUCCACAUCCUCGCCGAAAGCAGCCAAAGUGACAACAUGAGCAACGCUCAGGAACGCAGGGCUUCGUUUGCACGCCGCGCUGAAAGUUUAAUGGAAAAGCGGUAUGCAGUCAACACGGAGAAAAGUGGUGAAAUCAUCGUCACAGUGCAGGGUGAUCUCUCGCAGCAGGAAAAGCGAGCCGUCUUCCUCACGGUGCACGAUCUCGGAACGAACCAUUCAUCGUUCGAGGAGUUCGUCAACAGCGCGUGCAUGAUUGAAAUCAAAGAACGGUCGUGCUUCAUCCACAUCGAUGUGCCCGGUCACGCGGAUAAUGCUCCUAAUUUGGCUGACUCGUUCCAGUUCCCAUCGCUGCAGCUGUUGGGCGAGGAGCUGGUCACAGUGCUGGACUUCCUGCACGUGAAGUACGUGAUCGGUGUCGGUGAGGGCGCUGGUGCCAACGUGCUUGCCCGUUUCGGACUGGCUCACCCAUCUCGCUGCUUGGGCUUGAUCCUGAUCAACGUCACCGGUUCGGCUGCGUCCGUGCUGGACGUGUUCAAGACGAAGUUCAUCUCGUGGAAGGGCGAUGAGGUUGGCCAAUCGGCCGAGGACUUCCUGUUGUACCACAAAUUCGGAUACGUUUUCUCCGAGCAACUGGUAGGCGACAACCCGGACAAGGAGAAGAUCGUGUCCGAGUUCCAGAGCCGUCUACACAGCUCGUUGAACAACAAAAAUCUCAAGCAAUACGUCAAAGCAUUUAUGUCGCGCAAAGAUUUACCCCUGAAGAACUGCAAGGUCGAUCUGCUGCUGAUCACCGGAGUCAUGAGCCCAUACGCCAGCGUUGUCGAGAAGCUGUACAAGGAUCUAAACAAGGAGAAGGUCACGCUGCUCAAAGUGGAACGCGCUGGAGAUGUUCUGGCUGAUGCGCCCGCUAAGGUGGCCCAAUCGAUUCUGCUGUUCUGCAAGGGUCAAGGUAUGCUGACAUCAGUCGCCAUGCCAGGAGUUGACCGCAACAGGGCAUUCUCCACCAGCUCUGGUGGCUCGAACGAGGGUUCGACAGGAGCGAGACGUCUGUCGCGUGGCAUGUCCAUGGAGGACUACGACAAGCCCAACAUUCGGCGACUCAGCGUCACGAUCAACGAGCAGUUGCCACCGAUCAAGAAGUAGGGACGAUGCGUCAGACCUAGCAAUGUCGGAGAAGAGUCGGACGAGAGCUAGGCGGUGCAGCAGUUCGAAAGGCGACGUCGGUGGGUCUCUUUUUUCCUGGUGGCGGCGCCAGCAGCGAUCGAGCGUUCGAAUUUUCCACACAAACCACCAAAAACCACCAUUUUAAAAACGGCCACAAGAAGGUCGACUCGAUACGACUACUUCCCGGAUGUUCCCAGCGGUUGGAACCACACCCAACAAAUAUUUAGAGCAAGCGCAAGCGCACGUAUUAAUCCUGAGCAUAUUUUAAGCUAACUGUAGAGCAGAACAAAAGCGCCAUCUGGCGGUGCAAUGAUAAAGGACCUUCAUAACCUCAAAACCAAAAAAAAAGUGAACGAAAUCGGAGUCGGAACCUCCCCGGAGCGUGAGCGUUUGGUUUGGUUCAAAUUAAACCAACCAAACUUACACACCCCGGUGCGGCUGGAGGACCAGUUCAGUUCGCAACAUAACAUAACGCACCUUGCAAUGGCGGAGGACGAGAAGAAGAAACCAGCCCACAAACAAAUCCCCACACUAGUAAUACACACUCCUCUCGUGGCACUGUUGCGGCAUCACUUUGAUAGCGAUAUAUUCAUAGGUAUCGAUUUGUAUGAUUUCUAGAGCCUAUAUAUAUACACACACCUAACUAUAUAGCAGAAGUAUAUACACAACUAUUUAAACAAGCCCCUGCGCGGAGACGUGUUUGGCGAUAUCGCGGGACAAAUGCGAUAAAUGCAAAGUAUAAACAAAUGCUCGUACAAGCGUUUUUCUGCCGUCUAAGAUCAAGAACGUGCGAACGAAAGUAACAGAAACACAGUAAACUAAACAUUAAAUAUAAAUAUACACGAAGCUAUAUUUUGUCUCUUUUACAUAAAAAUACGAACGCGGCGAACGAGGGCUAUCAACAUCUAACAACAUUCUCGUCAAAACCGCAGGAGUGCGCAAUCCUUGCACGGUCUUUCUAAAUGUCCCGUACGAUAUAACGAUAAAAAAAACAACCUAAACAAAAUGAAGCAGAUACAGGUAGGCGAGAGAAAAAUUGCAAGCCAAUACAAAACUAAUAUGCCAAUGUUAGCUGAAUGUAGUAAAAACGUUAGACAACAAACAGUGAACUUACUCUUCACAACACAACAAGUACGAACGCUAACGCGGACGCGGAUGGCUAAAACCUCGAAACAAACCCAGCCAGCAGCAGCAAGGCUGGACACCAGAGCGUUCAGUUGCCUCGAGGGCUCUUUGCCCAAUUCACAUGCAAUACCAGCCUUCAGAACCUGAGCGCGUUGACGUGCCAUGGGUGCGGAGGAUUCGGGCAGCUUCAUACUUCUGUUGUGGGUACAAAUUUGCGAAUGCGUGAUCAGUGUCAAGCGCUGAUAAUGGCUAGUGGUGGCGCAAAUGUGUUCUAUUGGUCUUAGUUUUAAUAUUCGAUACCGAUUUGCUGCGCCGAAGCGCAAACAUGUUCACCAAAUACCGUGACCAAGGAGCUUUCUAGAUUGUGCGAUUCAGACACUUCA